AUGGCAACGGUAGUGGGAUUGUUGUCAGAGAUCAAGAUCUCCUACCUGAGUGAUGGUCCUAGGGAAAAGGCUGCCUUGAUCUCCAACAGGGUCAUUGGAAUUGGACUCCACACUGUGAUAGAGAAUAACUUCUCCUCCAUCUGCAAUAUAACUGGCCCUAUGUCAAAGGUCCCAGUGCCUUUCCAGCAUUGGCUGGCUUGCGUCAGAAUGGAGAAGUAUUAUUCCUUCGUGGUCAUUUUUUGUGCUGUCUUCCUGCCCAAGGCCCUUGGUUUUCCAUACAAAGAUGUUUCAAUAGAUUGUUUCUCCAUGUUGCCGAAUUGUGGAGGAGGACCACAGACAUCAACUCCACCUUAUGUCGUCUCUGUAUCAUUUGAUAGAUACGAUCCAGGAAAUGAAAUACAAGUGACUCUAGAAGGAACGUCGUCUGCUGGAUUCACAGCAUUUAUGGUACAGGCUCGGGAAAUUGAUGGCAACGUUCCCGUUGGCAUGUUUCGUAUCAGGGAUCCAAAUACGCAAGGCUACCCAUGUGCCAACAUGACGAAUUCAGCAGUAAGUCACACGAAUCCCAGCGUAAAACGCAAAGUCACAACUACUUGGGUUGCUCCUCAGGGUACGAAUAAGAUUCGCCUUAUGGCUACUUUUCUUCAAGAUUAUGAUACCUAUUGGGUUGGCGUUCAUAGCAAAACUCUCUCACCCAGAUUUUCAGAAGUCAAUGUUUCAUUGGCAGCCAAUAGCUCAGACCUAGCCAAUGAUUCUGUGGCAUCAACGGUUUCUGAUAUUACUGAUGAUUCUGAGGAGUACGAUGAUGAUUUUGAUUUCAACACCCUCCUUGGUGACACUGAGGCAGUUUAUGACAAUGAGAUACCUGUUGAUUCUGAGGCGACGCCGGACAGAACAGAAAAUGCCACAGAAAAGAGCAAGAGGAAGUCCGUUCUGACUGUGAAUGUCAACUGUGGCGAGGCUGGAGCAGUACAGUCAAGCAGUGGUGGUUGUGUCAAGAGUACACAAGGAUCAUCGCAGAGCAGUGGCAGUGAAGCCAAGGUCAUAGUGGUCAAAGAAGGAAGCAGCAGCGGAAGCGGCUGCGGUGGGGGAGGAACUGCAAGUGUGUACAACAAGUUUGGCUGCAGAGAUAAUGCAGCUGCUUCCGGCAGUCAGUCUUCAUAUGGCCAGUCGGUUUCCACCAGCAAAGUAAAGGUUGUGACUUACCCAGAGAGCAAACCUUUCCCACCUGAGCGUGAUUCUACUUAUCCAUCGAAAAUUGCUAACGCUGGUGGAAUAAUCUAUUCCCAGGUUCCAGACCUCAAGGUGGUUCAUCGGAAACUGUUCGUAUUACCAUACAGGAGGUGUUUUGUGAUAAGCACACACAGCAUCUGUACAAAGAGCUCCACGUGCCCAAUCCAGCAGAUGUUUGACUCUGGCUUGGGGAAGUCCCACGAGUUUGUGUUGAGCAGGAGGAGCCAAGCUGAAAAAAAGCCCGGCUUUGAAAUUAGGCAGAAAGCAUCUAAGCCCCCGCCUAAUGUCAUGAACGACAAGGACUUCCGUGGUGGUUAA